GUUAACCGUAACUUUGAUUCUUCUGCUCUAGCUCCGCCGCCGCUUCCGGUCCGUUUCCUUACCCUUCCAACACCUGGUCUUCUAUUUCCUGUAAUUUGUUUUAAUUUUUUCCUUAAAAAACCUUAAUUCUCCUCGGCCGCGUCGAGCAUUUUCCCUUGACCAUGAGCAGCGCUACCAGAGCCAGAAACUUUCGCCGCCGUGGCGAUGUUGCAGAGGAAGAUGACAACGGCAAAGAUAAUAGCAAUAACCCCACCGCCACCCAAAAUUCAUCGUCUUCCAAACCCUCCGCGAAGAAACCACCGAAACUCCUCAGUUUCGCUGACGAUGAGAACGAGGAAGAAACAACCAAGUCAUCCUCAAAUAGGAACAGAGAUAAAGAGAGGAGAAAACCUGUUUCCUCUCGGUUCCCCAAACCCUCAUCUUCCCACAAGAUUACACCGUGAAAGACCGCAAAAACCCUUCUUCUUCUUUACCUUCCA